AUGAACAACGUCCCCGAGACGGCACGAAUCUGCUGCAUCACGCACGACGCAGCGGCUCGUGAGCCGUUGCUACAUGACGCUGCCGGCAAGACCCUGGUCCGUGGGGAGCAUGCCGUGCGGUCACGGCUGCAGCACCUCAACAGCGCAGCUCGUUCCAGCAGCAGACCGAUUUCACCGCAGCCCUCUGGGGGCCCGAGCGCUGGCUUCGCGGACUUGGGUAUGGGUAUGGUUGAGGCCGCCAGCGGCAGCAGCGGCAGCGGCUCAUCGCCCGUGCUGCACAUCUCCGCACCGCUGGUUGCGCUGGAGGGCUACGGCCCCGAGUUCGGUCGGGUAACGUUGCUAGACACGCCGGGACCCAAUGAGGCAGGAGAGGAGCAGCUCAAGCACCAGGUGGAGCGGCUCCUGGAGGGUGUGGACUGUGUGCUGUACCUGUUGGAUUACACCAAGCUCAAGACGGCCGAGGAGGAGUGCCUCUUCCGCAGGCUGAGGGCCAUUAACCCGCAACUGGUGGAUGCCAGUGAGACCUCCGAGGGACUGGACCCCGAGGAGGUGCGCAACUACGUGGCGGACCUGGUCACACGGCAACUAGGCGGAGCUGCUACGUCAGCAACAACAACGACAGCAGGAACUGCCCCACUGCCGGCGGCAAGCGGCGGUUCCGGCUCCCUCCCCACCGCUGCGUCGGUGUCGCCGGCGGCGUCCGCGCGUAUCGGCUCCUCCGGCUCUGGAUCCGUUGCGGAGGGCAUCCAUGCAGGCGUCGCUAACGCCGCAGCGGCGGCGGCGGCAGCGCAGCAGCAGCAGCAGCCAUUCCGCCUUCAUCCCGACCAGGUGUUGCUGUUGUCCGCCCGCAAUGCCUUAAUGGCGAGGCUGGUGCUAUCCGGCAGGGCGAGCCCCGAGGCGGCGAAACGCUUCCACCGGCUGGCGUUCGGCGCGUUCGGGGGAGGGGGCUUUGGAAGCUUUGGCACACGCGGCGCGGCAGCUGGUCCGUCAAGAGAGCAGGUUCGCGCCGCUGCGGGGUGUUUGCUUGAGGGCAGCGGAAUCCUUGAGCUGGAGAGCCGGGUGCUGACCUUCCUGGCGGCCCACGCGGGCUCUGUCAAGUUGCUGGCCACUGCGGACGACCUGACCAGGCUGCUCGCACAGGUGCGCAAUGUGGCUCUGGCCUGUCGCAGCUGCCUGCAUCGCAAUGUGACGGCGCUGCAGGACCAGGCAGAGGGGCUGCGGAUGGAGCUAGAGGAGGCGACGGCGGCGUUCGAGGAAGUGCGGUCGCGGACGGAUGCCGUACAGGCCGAAGUGGUGUCAGAGAUUAAAGCCCACCUCAACACGUUGCGGCGCCGCCUCUUCACCCACAUCGUCCAGACCCUGGACACAGACGCCCGCGCCCCAGCGCCGGCCGCCGCCGCCGGCACCCAGCCGCCCACCAGUCGUUGGCACCGGGUGCGGGAGAAGUUCCUGUCCAUGUUUACGAGCCCCAGCAGCACCAUGCCACCGCAGCCGCAUCCUGCCGGGCCUAGCCUGGUGCCUGAGGCUCGCAGUCGGAGCCGGGGCGAGCUGCAGGCGUUACUGCUGGACCUGCAUGAUGACCUCAUGGGCCAGAUUCACUCGGAGGUGUAUGAUUUCUGGGGCGUACUGGAGGCCUGCGCCGCUAGUCGCCACUCGGAGUUGCUGUCCGCCCUCAACGGCCACCUGGCGGCGUUGUCUCGGCGGGUGGAGGGUGCCGUCAGUGAGGCGCUGGGGGUGCAGCUGGCGGCGGCAGACCUCCGCCUACGACCGCCCUCCGCCGAGCAGCUGCACUCGGACGUGCAGGGUCUCAUUGAGAAGGGCAUUCGUGAGAGCACGGAGAAGCACAUCCGGGUGGGCGCCCGCACCACCACGGAGCGCGUGUUCCAGCAGCCGCAGGGCCCUCCGUCGCUGUGCCGUUGGGGCGGCUACUGGGUGGAGGUGCCCCGCACGCGCACUGUGGUGGAGACCUACACAGCCACCGUGUACUCGCUGAGGCCUGAUGAGAUCGCCAAUCACUUUAUCGGUUUGGUGGACGGCGCGGUAACGGCGAGCGAGCAGGCGCUGGGGGCGUACGUGGGAACGAUGGUGGAACGGCAGCUGGCAGCAGCCAAGGAGCGAAUCCGGGACUACGGUGACAGGUACCUGAGUGUCAUGUCGGCAGCCCUGGCGGCCAGCAGUCGCGGCGCCGAGUGCCGCAGUUGCGCUCUGGCAUCUGUAGAGAGUUACCUGACCCGACUGGACAACUUGCUGGCACGGGCGGAGGCGGCACAACGCGACGCCGAGGCGGCGGUGCCAGGAGGCGCCACGGGCCUAAUGGAUGAGAUCGAGGUGUACGACGAUGUGUACGAUGAAGGCGCGUACAUCCGUGAGGAUCCAAAGACGCAGCAAGUAGAGCAAGGCUUGGAUGAACAAAUAGCCCAGGCAGUUGCGACGGACAGGGUUUGGCGGAAGGCUCACGGGCAGGAGGAAGAGCUGAAAGUGGAGCCGCAGUCGGCGGUGAGUCAGCUCCCGGAGGCGGGUAAGGAUAAGGAAGUGGCCGAGGCGACCGGACCUCUGGUGGCAAUGCAGACGUGGCCGACGCCGUUCAGCAGUUCGUCAGCCGCCUCUGUCCCGGAUAUUGACGAUGCGGCGGUCACCAGUGAGGCCGUGUCCGCUUCCGCACAUUCGGAACAUGAUAUUGAGUGCGGCGAUGGCGGUGACGGCGGCGGCUUCACUGUGCUGAUGGACGCUGCCCAGCCCGAGCUCGCGGCUGCUAUGCCGGGGGCCAUUGCGGAGUCGGGGAAUUGUGCAAGCGAUGCGCAGCUUGUCUCCGACCACGCAGUCCUGCCUGCAGCAGCAGUCGACAAGCAGCAAACGCAGGAACAGCAACAGGAACAAGAUAGUGUUGCCCUGCCUCCGCAUCAGGCGACUAGCGGGCCUUCAGCUGCCAUAGGCCCUUCCCAGGCCGCAUCAGCGCUGCCAUCCGGAUCCUCGGCGUGUGCGUCGUUAUCGUACAGCGCCAUGCCUUUCGACUACAGCAGGGCUUUCCUGGAGGCGAUGUCCUCCAGUGAGAUGGCCCCCGGAAGCAAGUUGGACGAGGAGCUGACGACGAUACCGCUCACUAAUGGUUGCGCAGGCGCCAUACGAAGCGCUGAUGACGCAGCCCCAACAGCAAGCCACGGAACUAGCACACCUUUCUCGGGAGGAAGUGAGGACUGGCAACUGGUUGGGGAUGAAGCCCUGGACGUUGCUGAUGCGGCCUCCGGCAACAAGUAAUGCAAAGAGAUACCGUUUGUUUAGGGAGUUGUACAUUAUCAGUUGUACAUGGAAGAAAGUACAAAGCGUUCAGAAGAGCUGCAUACUUGAUUUACAGCAUCCAUUUCAGUGUCGGCAGGGAUGUAGAAGCCUGUGCCUGUGCCAGGGGUCCUAUUGUCUUUUGGCUAGGCUCGAGGUAUCUUCCGUUGAAUUUUGGAUAGUCCGUUGCUGUGGUGGUGCUACACUAUCCUUAACAGCAUGAUUACGCAUGGGUAACAUGCAAACCAGGUUGUUGCCAGUUGCAUGCUUACGGACAGAAGCUGUACAGGUCAAUCUCCUGCACAACGGUCGUUGUAACAAUAGCCAUGUACAAAGGGCUGACGGUAGUUUGCAAAAAUGCAGUAGUGACGUCGCGUCGUAGCCUUGGUUGGCGUACACCCUGACGAUGGCCAGGUGCAAAUUGCGUAUAUCAACAUAAGGGAUUGUGCGUCUUGAGCCGGUGACAAAGGUGGCGUUGUGAGUGUAUACUAAGGUAGCAUGCAGCGAUGCGCCGGGACUAUGCAUGCGUGUAAUUGUUGGUAUUC